AAUACUGCAGUUGGAUACAGUUGAAUCUAAGUACUAAAACAAAGCUCAGGUAAUGGCUUUCUUUGGAUUAACUUUUCUAGGUCCUCAGGAUCCCUUUCGUGAUAAAAAACUAUCAUUACCAAAAUAUGAAGUGCCAGUGGGAACAAUCCCUCCGAAAUUGGAACUUUUCUACCCAAAGCUCCCACCCAUAGGACAAUUUGGGUACAAUGACGACACUGAAUACCAGGGUAGCCAUCAGAAAUAUCAAGAGGCUAUCAAACAGAAGAGGCUCAAGAAAUACCCCAAUCAAGAAUACAGGGUACCACUGACUUGUGGACAAGAUAUUGGUUGGUGGCAGCCCAAGAAUUCAUCAAUCAAGCCAGAAGAUACAUUACCUUGGAUAAAGGUGCCAAGGUACCCACUGAUGCGGAGUCCCAUGACCAAGUUUAUAGACUACAUGGCAGUCACUGAUCCUCUCUUCAGCCUGUUCUGAGUGAAGGUUCCUGAAGCCUAAGAAGAAGCAGGAGAGCCGGUUGACUGGAUAAUAAGUGGAAUUAACAAGUUUGUUCUCUCUCUGUCUCUCCUGUGAAAGGGAGAGGGAGACCUUUUUUUGGUGUUUCAAUAAACCAGAGGAGAACACAAUCCAGCCUCAGUCCAGGAGGAGGGAUGUUUUUCCUGCAUUAGAAGAAAAAGACAUUUUCAUAGCACAUCACUCAUUACAGCAAUGAUCCUUAUUAUUUACUUAUCGUUUAUCAAACUUAUGCCCCCAUCGUAGGGUGAUGAUUCUCAAUGGUUUACAAUGCAUUCAGUGGAAUAACAUUUAAAUAUUGAUGGCAGGGUUAAAACAUUUUAAUAGAAAAACAAAAAAUGGUACAGGAAAAGAUGGUUCAAUGCCAUCUUUACCCCAUCAAAUGUUUUAAGGUAGAAAUGUGGAUGGCGAGUUUUAUAAAGUUUCAAAAAGAUCAGA